AUGUUCACCAAGAUCAACAACCUCUGGCGCCGCCUUGUUCGGCGCCGUGAUGACGCAACCCAGCAGGAAAGGGACGCACAUGCCGUUCUGGUUGACAAUGGCAAGAGCUUGGCUCAUGAUGGGUCAGCUCCGCUCCUCGAGUGUGGUUGUUCCCCCGUUGCUUGCGCCCAAGGCAAGAAAUACUCAUUCGAGUCAAACGCCACGAACAAUUUCUACGCCCAGUGGGCUGCGACUGCUCCUCCGCGACAGGCCGACAAAUUCUAUCCUCGAGAGCAGCGUUCUUCUGCCCACAGCACCGCGGCGGCUUCCACGUGUACGCUGGAGCGGGCGGGCGCGAUUCGGAAGGCGAAGAAGUGGAUGGCUUCUUGCGAGGAGAUGCAGCGCAGCGGAACUGCUCGCGGCCCGGAGGAGCCCACUGCUGAUGAGUGGUUCAAUCGGCUUGAUGCCGCUGAGGGAGAUGAGGACUUGUCCCGCAUUCUAAGGUUCAGGGCCGACAGGAGGCUGUGCAGCUCCCGUCGCCAGCCCAAUCUCCCCGUUACGCUGAGGCUGAGUGAUCUAACUUUUGAGUAUCCAUUGCUGUUAAGUAGUACAAGUGACAUUGCUCUGAACCUGUGGAGGGCCAACAUCGACAGUAUUGAAACCAAAGACAUCGGUCUUGCUGCCGUCAAUGCCAUUGGCGUGGCAGACGAGGCUUUCAGGUCCGAAGGCCUGGAUGUGGGAGACACUGAUUUCAGUGUUGACGUUGAAUGUCUGGCCAUCAGCCAGAACUUUUUGGUCGACCUUCACGCCGGCAGCGCCCUGCCAUUGCAGGUGGACCUCGGUCGGGCGGGCCUCGUUGGAGGGAGCAGCCAGGCCAGCGGCAGCCAGAAUGGCAGUAGCGAAGAGGGUGGUGAACUGCAUUUUGAAGAUUUUAAACAAGGAUUGGACUGA